AUGCUCAGCUACGAUACUGCGGUGUCUACGGAGGUGGAGGGGAUCUCCCUCUCCUUCUUGUCAAACGAGGAGAUUCACACCUUGUCAGUCUCUGAAAUCAAGAAUAUAGGACGUUCUGGCUAUGAAUCAGCUGGUAAGUCAUGUAUUUACGACCCAGCUCUGGGAUCCAGUGACAUUUACAAGCACUGCUCCUCCUGCAAUGAAAUGACAAACUGUGACGGCCAUUUGGGUCACAUUGACUUUGCAGUGCCCCUCUUCCAUCCACUCAUGUUGCCCAGUCUCGUCAAGCUCCUCAAGACCGUCUGCUUCUACUGCCUUAAACUCAAGCUCAGGAAGAAGCAGGUGCUCAAGUUCCAGAGACUCUUUGAUCUCGCAAAGGCCGGAAUGCUUUCAGAUUUAAUCGUCUUUGACCAACUCUUUGGGAAUGACAAGGAUGAUGACGAGAAGGAUGCAGAGGCAUCCAACAGAACCAAACUCCAUCAGCUCUCAAAGGAGUCGAAAAAGGACCACAUUAAAAAGAUUCUCUUUAAGCUGAAAAAGGUGGCUCAAGUAAGAAGUGGAGGUGAUGCUCAAGCGACGAAUUUGACAAGGCUAAAGAACAGCUCAAACUUUGACGUGAAUAUAUGGAACGAGAUUAGGAACCGUUUCUUUGCAAUUGGAGCCAAGACCAAAAGGUGUAACCACUGCGGUGAUAGGAAUAGCAUCGCUGUCAAGCAAUCUGCUGAUUCCACUCACAUUGAAAUAUCCUGGGCACCCUCAUCCCUGGAGCCAAAGGUUUUUAAAGACUUUCAAAAAUAUCAGGGAAAGUAUGGUGAAAAGGAUAAGGAGACGGAAAGGGUCAUAAAUAUGCUCAAUGAAGAGUUUGAGUCUCCCAUGCUCAAGGGGCUGAAUGCAACUGGAAAGUCGAUAAACAUGAUGCACUUGCAAGCGUUUCAUCUCGUUCCAGCUCUCAACAAGCUCUUUACCGAAAACCCUGGCUUUCUGGGAAACAUCUUUCCUCAAUCUCGUUUCCAUGGCUGGAGGAUAUUCAUAAUGGACUGCAUGGGAGUUUCUCCAAACAGAUUCAGACCGCCUCUGGUUACGUCAGACAAACAAAUUGUGCUUCAUGCGCGGUCUUCUGCGCUCUUGGAAAUUGUGAUUGCAAACGAGUUUUUAAAGAUCCUCUUUAGAGUGAAAAAUCACCCAAACAUACAGGAAGCGUUUAAGGAUGAGGAGUACAUUUCAAAAUUGCUGGGAUAUAAUGUGAAUGAGACACAGCUCAGACAAUUUGAGGAAUAUGUUUGUGGUAGUGGGUGUGAUUUCAACAGCUCCAUUUAUAAUCACACUUUAAACUUGCAAAGGAGACUCUCCAUGUACAUGGAUAGUGGAAAGCAGGGGACUUCUACAUUGGCUCAAAGACCAGGAAUUAAACAGAGUAUGGAGCACAAGAGUGGAACUGUUAGACAAAACAUGCUUGGUAAGCGUGUAAAUUAUUCCGCUCGUACUGUUAUUGCUCCAGACUGCUUCAUGGACACCAACCAGAUGGGCAUGCCACUAAAAUUUGCAAUGGAACUCACAAUACCGGAACAUGUAACAAAGUAUAACGUGAACUUUUUAAGGAAACUAGUCUUGAAUGGAUCAAAGAUUUAUCCUGGAGCCAAUUUCCUCAGAGAUAGCAAUGGAAGGUUGUACAGCUUGUCCACUUUAAGCUAUAGUGAGAGGGUUGCCAAGGCCAAGCUUCUUCUCACCGGUAUUACCGAGGGGAAUUCACCCAGGAUAGUGUAUAGGCAUGUCUUGGACGGUGAUGUCGCUUUAAUGAACAGACAGCCUACGUUGCAUAAACCUGGAAUUAUGGGACACUUUAUCAAGGUAUUAACCAACCAAAAAAUAUUUCGUCUAAACUAUGUCAAUUGUAGUACUUAUAAUGCAGAUUUCGAUGGAGAUGAAAUGAACCUCCAUCUACCCCAAGACCCGCUUUCUCAAGCGGAAGCCCAGUUAAUAGCAAACGCUGAUUGUCAAUUUGUCGUGCCGAAAAAUGGCCAACCUAUUAGAGGUUUAAUCCAGGAUCAUUGUCAGGGCGGUGCACUGCUUACAUCGAAAAAUACCUUUCUCAGAAAAGAUGAAUACUUUAAUCUGAUUUACGUUUCCCUUGACGCCUUUAUCAGUUGCAGUGACAACAUUUAUCUAAAGGACGAGGAAGAUACGUAUAGGAUUUGCGAAAAUAUAAAGAUUGAUAAUGAGCUUUACCAAAUUACCAAACGACUAAAGGUGAUGUCUGACCCCUUUUCUCGAAAAUUCCCAAACCACGGUCGCGAAAUUUACAUUGACCCUCCAGCCAUUGUCUAUCCGGUCCCACUUUGGACUGGAAAGCAGGUAAUAACAUCCAUCCUCAAGACACUUGUGGAUGGAAUGUCUACGGAUAUUCGUGGCGGCGUUUCCAAAGGACCAAGAGGUAUAAAUUUGGUAUCAAAGUCCAAGACACCUGGAGAUGCUUGGGGAGGUUCAAACGAUGGAAAUAAGGAGGAGUCAACUAUAAUCAUCCAAAACUCUGAGCUUUUACAGGGUGUUUUGGAUAAAUCACAAUUUGGGGCAUCAUCAUAUGGUUUAACACACCUCAUCUUUGAGCUACUUGGACCAAGGAUUUGCGGAAUGCUUUUAAAUUCCUUUUCCUAUCUCUUUACCUCAUUUUUGCAAAUGCACGGUGUAACAUGCAGUCCAAAGGAUUUUAUACUCACCAGUGAUGCAGAACGACUCAGAAUUCGCAUCCUUCGGAGGAUAAAGUAUACAGGCCUACACAUCCAGCAGCUCUUUAUUUCUGCCAUGCGUGAAAAGUUUGAAAAGAAGAAUAACGCUCUAUCAAGUGGAGAUGCUCCACACGCUGUCAUUCUAUCUGCCCUGGAACAUUUGAUUGAUGAGGUGGGAAAGGUCGUAAAUCUACCCUUUACCCGCGAUAUACUUUUGGAAUGUAAAUCGACUGAUCGUGCAAGAGAGAUUAUUGGAAUGCUAUUUCACCACAUUGCUCAAGUAUCACAAAAGGAUGACCUCUUGAAUCUCAUUUUAAAGUCCCUAGAGAAGCUUUCUUCCGUGCCUCGCAUAAAGCAGCUUGUGCUCAGCUACAUUUUAAUGUUGAAGAAUGGUGAUUCAUACAAGCCACAGCUACUCUCUAGUUUCCCCUCGUGGCUUCACCACGAUCCUACAGACGUGCAUACGACCAGAGAAAAGGAAAAUGUUUACAAACUGGGCGGGGCACAGAGCACUUGUUCUAGCUUCCAUAACCUGAUUUGUGACAGAUUUAGAGGUAAUGAACAAGAGUUUUAUCGCAUGUUUGAUCGUUUUUUCCAAAAUAACAUCGUCGGAGUAUCGAGUGACAUCAACAGUGUGGUGGAUUCCACCCUCCUAAAGUUUCCGGAAAAUGGCUUUUUUGGUAUGGUAGCAACAGGAGCCAAGGGUAGUAAGGUUAAUUUUGCAAUGAUUUGCUCCGCUUUAUCGCAACAGACGCUAGAAGGUCGUAGGGUCCCAGUGAUGCCAUCAAUUAGGACAUUGCCAUCAUUUGCCUUUGGAGAUUUUGGCUCACGUGCUGGUGGUUUCAUUUCUGACCGCUUCUUAACUGGUUUAAGGCCUCAAGAGUACUUUUUCCACUGCAUGUCUGGUAGAGAAGGUCUUGUCGACACUUGUGUCAAGACUGCCAAAUCCGGAUAUCUACAGCGUUGUGUUUUAAAGGCCAUGGAGGAUGUUAUAGUCUGCUAUGAUGCAACUGUAAGGGGUUCAGACGGUAGUAUCAUCCAGUUUGCAUAUGGUGAAGACGGCAUUGAUGUAUCAAAAUCCGCAUAUCUAGACAGGCCACGUGAUAUUGUUGCAAACUCUCAUCUCAUUCCACAGGAUGAGGUUGCCAAGGUCAAUGUAGAAGCUAGUGAAAAGUUUAUGGAAAAAAUGAGAUUAUUCACUAGCAACUACCAGGAUCAACGAGUGCUGCUAGUUCACUAUAAACAUUCUCAAUGCGACGCUGGAGAUGCUGUUGGUUGUGUUGCUGGCCAAUCCAUUGGAGAACCAGCUACGCAAAUGACUCUAAAUACAUUCCAUCUUGCUGGUCAUGGUGCUGCAAAUGUGACACUCGGUAUUCCUCGUCUGAUUGAGCUUUUGAGAACAACUGGUGAUUCAUCCACUCCAUACUUUUCAGCUACUCUGCUCGGUCAAGACGAGGCCAAGAUUGCCAAAAAUGCACAAUUGGCAUUAAAUGCCCUCAGGACAGUUCCGCUCUCCGACAUUGUCCACUCGGUUGGUAUUGAGACCGAUGUUUAUGCGAGGCCGGACGGGAGCAAGGUUUGGGAAUACACAGCAACGGUGCAGUUUGAAAAUUUGUCAUUCUUCAAAAAGGUAGUUGGUGGAUUCAAGACGCAGAAUAUACUAAAGCUGACCUCAAAUUGCCUAUUGAAUAGGUUCCUCAGACGUGUAAUGGGCCUCAUGGUUGUCACAAUGGAUGUAAAUAUACCAUACGAACUACCGGAUAAUACGGAUUAUCUAGAAGAGUGUUGGAAUACUUUGGUAUUGCAAAAGCAGCUGAUUAAAAAGGACAAGCAGUCCCUUCGGAUCAGAAAGAUGGUCCUCUCUUCUGGAUCCUCUGGAAAGGUCGCCAGGUCCAAGGAUCGGGAGGAGCCUGUGGAUGACGAGCCAGAUGUGGAGAUUGAGGAACAGGAACCGGAAGAGGAUGUUCAAGAAGAAGAAGACGAGUCAGAGACCGAGUGCGGUAGCGAUUCAUGUUCCUACUCAUCCUCAGAGUCUGAUGAGGAUGCUGAACAAGAGGAAGAAGAUACGGGAUACAAGGGUUUCGAGAGUGAAAUCAAGUUUGGAAAGCAGGACAUUAGGUCUAUAGAUCGCAAGGUCUUUAGAUUUGCCCACUCGCUCAAAUUCUGCAAGGACACGUCACGACUGAUUCUCAAAUUUGGCUGGCCAGUUUCCAAGUGCCCAUACUAUCUCGAUCUUCUACCACUGCUCAAGCAGGAGAUAUCGCAAGAAACACUCCGCAAGUCUCCCGGGAUCCGUCAGUCCCGUGUUGUUCUCAACAAUUCACACGAUGGCAAGGACGACUACACGCUGCAUUGUGAUGGAACAAAUCUCAAGAGGGUCUAUUUACUCAAGGAAGGCAUCAUUGACUUUAACAAGAUCAAAAUCAACGAUAUUUCCACGGUAUUGCACUAUUACGGAGUUGAAGCAGCCAGAGCAUGCAUCGUCUCUGAGCUCAACAAGGUCUUUUCAGUCUAUGGUAUCGAUGUAAACUAUCGCCACCUGACGCUAAUUGCGGAUUUCAUGACCCAAAAGGGUGACAUUCGUGCGUUCUCCAGGUACGGCAUGGCAAAACACAAUUCCCCCCUGCUACAAAUGUCAUUUGAAUCUACAAUGAAGUUUUUGAUGAGCGCAUCAGAACGCGGUGCAUACGACAAUCUCAAGACACCAGCUGGUGCCAUCAUCGCCGGAAAACCUGUACACGUUGGUUCCAAUCUUUGUAAGAUUAUGCAGGUUAUCAACAUUAAGGAACGCGAGUUGCCAAACGAACAAAAUGCACAAAUUAUGUUUUAA